GCGUUGCCAAAUUUGACAAACUCGACGGCCAAAUUAAAUUCACUCAAGUUGAUAAUACCCAUGUUCAAAUUGAAGGACAGCUCAAUAAAGGCUUCACAGACACUGAUCCUAGUAAUUAUCAUGCUGACAUUGGUGGCUUCAUUGACUUCACCUUCGCACAGCUAGGUGUAGUUAUCACACCGCCUGGCACUGCUCCUUUUAAAGCCAAUAUUCCUGGAGAUGUUACUCUUUUAAUUGGUCAAACGCUUACGAUUACACAUACAGAUACUCCUCUCGAUUCAGCGGAGAUUAAGUCCGGAUGA